AUGUCGGUCCCUAUUCCUCUAAUACUCCCUCCGCCAUUGCUGUCAUCGAUCCAACAUGCCAUCGCGAGCUGCCGUCUAUUCCGCACAAACUCCACGUCCUUUCUACGGGCCCGCACGGCCUCCUAGAGUUGCCACCAAGCCGCAGGUCGACACCAGGCCAAGAGUGGCCCUGCUGCAGUUGCAGAAGCAUCCGUACUUCGACGAGCAAUACGCACUGCUUUUGCGCGAACUUUCUGCCCGCUUCCAGGUCGACGUGAUCACCAACAGAACCCAAGCGAGCCAUCUGUUCCGCAACGGCUGGCAUUCAAUCGUCCUCGCAACUGACCAGGCCCUCGCCGAGUCCAACGACUAUGUGCUGCGAGAUGAAGCGAGGGUCUUCGUCCAACGUGGUGGCACCCUGAUCCUGUGCUGCCACUUCGCCGCUGCCGCCCCCAGGCUGGAUGUCGAGAAGUUCUUCUCCUCCUUUGGCUUGUACUGGCGCAGUGGCGAUUACCAUCGCACGGAGCACGACCUCAACUACGCCAUUGCUGGCGUCGACACAGGUGAUCUCAAGCCACGCUACAGUCAACAAGCUGUCCACCUGCGGGAUGUCGACCCAAGGCAUGCCAUGUAUCUGCCAGCCGCCACCGCCUACGUUCAAUCUUCUGUCUGCCCACCGUCACCCAUUGAGGACAAGACACAGACACCCACUGCACUGGCUGCAGUCGGGCAAGGCAGACUUGGCUACCUAGGGGACGUGAACGUUGAAGAAGGCACGGUGCGCACGAUGCUCACCCUCUGCGGUCAACAGUAGCAUGCUGGUUAUGCUCAGACACGGAUCGAUUCACAUCACCAUCAUCAUUAUUAUUUCGGAAUGUCGGCAUUGGGCUGGGUAAAAUGGGAACAUGUUUGUAUUGCAAAGGCGGGACAGGGGUUCGAUUAGAUUUAGCGCAGUCCUCACGGACCUGUUGAUAUAUAUGAUGAGCUCAACGAAGGAAUAUGUUACACUAUUUG